AUGUUGAACAAACUACCUAAGAAGAAGGGUGACCCGCGAAGCUUAACAUUGCCUUGUCAAUUCGGAAACUUAGCUACCAUUUAUGCAUUGGCUGAUUUGGGGGCAAGUGUAAAUCUCAUGCCCUACUCAUUCUUCAAGAAACUAGAUCUUCCGGAGCCAAGGCCGAUUCGAAUGGCAAUUCAACUAACAAGUAAAAUUGUCGCAUUCCCAAGAGGAAUAUGUGAAGAUCUAUUGGUGAAGGUUGAUAAGUCUGUGUUCCCCUUGGACUUCAUAGUAUUGGACAUGGAAGCGGAUCCUCAAGUCCUGACCAUAAUUGGAAGACCUUUCCUAAACACCGUGAGUGUAAUAGUUGACAUGAGAGACUCUAAAUUUACUCUUCGAGUUGGAGACGUGUAA